AUGAACGCGUCUGGAAAUGUGACCUAUGUGAUAGAGUACAGGGACUCUCUGGUCAAAGCUGUGACGAAAAAUAUCAUAGUGGUGGUGCUGAGUAUCUUCAUCAACUACAUCAAUGCCAGCCUCAUCCAGACCUACAGGAAACACCAGAUUUUCUACACCAACCCUCGCUACAUCCUUUUCUGCCACCUAGUGAUCAAUGACAUGAUCCAAGUCAUCAUCACAGUCACCCUCUUCCUCCUCAGCUACAUCCUGUACACCAUCAACACAUCUGUCUGCUGUGUCUUCAUCCUCAUGGCCCUCUUCACCAAAGAGAACACACCUCUCAAUGUGGCCUGCAUGGCUGUUGAAUGUUACAUCGCCAUCUGCAUGCCCCUAAGACACACUCAGAUCUGCACGGUCAAACGAACUCAUAUUCUGAUAGGGCUCAUUUGGAUAACAAGUGUACUUUCAGUACUUCCUGAUUUGUUCGUAACACUGGCAACUAUGCCAGCUGAGUUUUUCCAAUCGAAAGUGUUUUGCCUCCGUGAAACUGUUUUUCCAAAUCCAGUUCUGCUGGAAAAAAGACAAGUUACCUAUGCUCUAUAUAUAGUGUUAGUUUGGAUGAUCAUUAUUUACACAUAUUUCAAAAUUCUAUUCACAGCAAAAACUGCAAGCAAAGAUGCCAGGAAAGCUAGAGACACAAUUAUAUUGCAUGGUUUUCAAGUUCUGCUGUGUGUAGCCACCUACGCCGACCAUUCUUUGACAGAAGUAUUGAAAGUGUGGUUUCCCAGAAAUUAUACAGAUUCUCUGUUUGCGUGUUAUAUUGUUGUACAAAUUCUUCCUCGAGCUCUAAAUCCGAUCAUUUAUGGUGUGAGAGACAAAAUGUUUAGGAAGUAUCUACGAAGGCAUCUGUUGUGUACAGUUAAAUCUGAACAGUGGUAA